AACCUUCCAACCGUAGGCGAUGAAUAGUGACUGGUCUCUUUCUCUCACUCCACCCAGGCCUCUCUCCACCCAGGAAGAUAGAUAAAAAGUUUCAGGAAAACUGCCAAGGACACAAAUUAAUCACACCUGCCUCGCAAACUCUUUGUCAUUGUGGUUUUAGGUCUGUGUGUUUUGAAACUCACUCCGAAAGAAGAGAUACUUUAUAGCUAACGAAGCUUUCCGCAGGAACUUCAUUGGCUUUGCGUCAAUUGUAAUUUCAGUUUUCAUUCAUGCGGACAAUUCUCACAGAAAAGAAGGCUAAUGAAGAUCCCUGCAUGGUGCCUAAAGACGUUAAGGUACAGAAAACCUGUCAAGUCACGCAGUAAUACCGUUACACCUUUGCAAUGUAUUUGGUGAAACAUCGGACGUUUUUAGUAGAAAAAUCUGGUAAUUCAGUGUCCGGGAGACUGAUCACUGCAGACCGCAGUAAAUGCAUUGGAUUGCAAAAACAUUCAUUGACUAUGUAAGUGACUUUCUACCGAGAUGACUUCACCUUGUCAGAAAUUUAUUAAAGACAGACUACCCACGGAUCAAAUCAAAAUUUAAAGUUAUUCUUAGAAGAUGAAUUUUAGUCGUUCGUUUUCGUAAGGUCCUGGAGACACUUUGAAGAGAUAAUGUCUUCUGAACUCAAUUUAAUAAUACGUUGUUCAAAACGCACACAACGUAAUUAAACUGAUUUACGGAUAGUUUUUGUGACCGAGAGAACUUUAAAUAACUUAGGUUAAUUAAUUGUGACCGGCCCACCAAAACAAUUGAGAUUAGUGUGAUCGUGUAAACAACACUGGUUUUCAUGAGUUGUUUAUCACUUUACACGUAACUAAAGAGAUGCAGAGGCUUGUUGUUCUCUCUGUCUCUGAAUUUAAAUGAACGACGCAAGAUUUGGUCGCCGUUAGCUCGGCUAGAAAUAUUAACUUUUCUGAGGAACAUUUAUGCCAAUCGUGACCAGAAACCAGUAGCGGUGUAAGAUGAUGUUGUUAUAUUGUGACUGAAGGUAAGAAAAUCGGAAACAUUUUGAUUAUCAAGUAUGUUUAGAUUGCAUUGCAGAUAACCAGAUCGGUUUCAGAAAGAGCCGCUGUGCGCUCAAAUGAUUGUUUGCUUUUGUUCAAGGUGAGACCCGCGAAGCAACGCUUACCAUGCCGACAAACACCACCACUUAUCUGAAUGCAACGAGGGCAUCACUUAUCGUGGAGUCGCUGUUUUUCGUAGUGUUAAGUCUGAUCAUUUUGGCAGGAAAUUCUCUUGUCUGUACAGCGAUUUACAAGAAUCGCAAGCUCCGAACAAAGACAAACUACUAUUUGGUUUCGCUUGCGGUGGCCGACAUCAUGGUUGGACUUGCUUCUGUACCGUAUUGGGUGUAUUUCCGGUUAGUUAACUCUCAGACAGAUACACUUUCGUACAAAAUUUACAUCACUUAUGACAUCAUCUGUGGUACUUCAUCCAUCAUGAACCUUGUGAUGAUAAGCUUGGAGCGCUGCAUCUCCGUCACACAACCGACUAUCCAUAGAAACUUGUCACGCGAGACUAUUUGCAUAACCAUUGCUGCUGCCUGGGCAUAUGCCCUUGUGGUCGCGAGCGUCAGUCACAUAAGUGGAUCGUAUCUUGGGUGGUACCCUGUUUUUGUGAGCACUGCGAGCUUCUUUUUGCCGCUGUUUAUUAUCCUCAUUGCGUACGCUUUGAUUUAUAAAAUAGCGCAAACGAGGGAACGAGCGAGACAGUCGCGAUCACUUGCGCGGGAAAUCCGCAUCGCUGUGACUCUUGCAGUAGUUAUUGGAGCUUUCGUCGUUGCUUGGUUACCAUUCUUUGUCAUGUUGCUUGUGACGACUUACUGCAAGACGUGUAAAAUUGAUUACGCUAUAAUGGUGCCUUUUACAAAGUGGAUGCACUACAGCGGAUCUAUGGUGAACCCAAUCAUUUACACUCAUCGCAAUCGCGAUUUUCGUCACGCGUUUGCAAAAAUAUUAAUUUCAUGUGGAAUGAAGCAAAUGAGAUUUUCUUUCUCUCAAUCUCAUCCGCAUUCUAAAGCUUCUCCAUUGGAAAUUGGAAACUUCCCCUCAGAUUUGAAACAGGGAUCUUUUUGUAUAUCUGGGGAGGAUAGUGAAAUUCCUGCACGAACAGCGAGGGCAAACAGCUACGUUCUGGCGCAGGAAACAAACGGUCGCGUGAGCAUUUCCGGAUACGGAGGCAAAGAAGCAAGAGCGUAACUCAUCACUUCCAUUUAAAGAAGAAUUUUUAACGCGUGGGAAAACUACAAAAUCAAGUUCGUAAUAGUGAUGAAACUUGGUUCUGAAUCUCAAGCACAGGGUGGAACUGAAGAUAUUUUGAUAACUUUUAAACUAUUUUAAUUAAAAUUAAAAAAACUAAAAUAAUGUAAGGGUAACUAUUCUUUUCCAUCGCUGUUUCGAAUAAUUCUGAUCAUAUUCAUUUCCAGAGAUGUUGGAGGUGAGUGUUUCAUCAUCAUACAGAGUUGUUCUCAAAGUGAUAGAAACAAGUUUGGUUCAGGCAUGUUUUUAUUUAUUCUACAAAUUAUUUGUAUUUUCCGCAAUCAAAACUCUUUCUUCUCACCCGAUGAAUUUUUUUCCUGUUUUGAAAUAAAACGGUUCUUCAUAAGAUGAUUUGAAUUUUAAGGUGUUUUUGAAAGACUCGAUGUUUAAUGUUAUUGAUUCGUAAGAAGCCAUCUUGCUUUUACGAGGAAAACGAAGUACAUAAAUGUACUAUCGUUCCAAAAAAACUUUUCCAUAAUAGCUUUUAAAGAAAAAACCAUGAAGCAAAUUACUAAGUGGUUUGCUUUUAUACAAACAGUAAAGUGAUCAAGUGAAAUCCACUACACAUACACAUUAUUCGCGCCUUAUUUAUCUACGUCAUUCAUAACAUUUUUCCGUACUCAAAUAAAAUUUGAAUAAAAAAUAA